AUGUCAAGACUUUUGGCGCCAAACGAACCUUCAUAUCAUCUCAUUAAUGACAAUGAGUACAUUGCGAGUGAAAGUGAUAUUUCAGACCAACAAGUGCCUUUAAUAGGUACAGCCCCUCCUAAAGAUAAAUAUCGAAUUGUAUAUUUUAUAUUUUUUUUGCAAGGCGUUGCAAUGCUUCUAGGCUGGAAUGUGUUUAUUACUGCAUCAGUCUUCUUUCACUCCAGAUUCCUUGGAUCACCUUAUUCCGAUGAUUUUCAGAAUUAUUUUUCAAUAGUUUAUGAGUUAGCAAGUUUAAUAUUUCUUGUUCACGCCUUGUAUACACAAACAAAGGAAAAUGCUUCGAUCCGGUUGAUUUACUCCCUUAUUGUCACUGCUUUAGCUUUAUUCGCUAUGACAAUGUCCAUACAAUUCUUGGAUUUAUUUACAUCAUCAGGAUACUUUUAUUUUACCAUCACAUUGGUUUGUCUUGUUGGAAUGACUAUUUCUUAUCAGCAAAAUUCAAUAUUUGGUAUCGCUGCUUUAUUUCCUCCAAAAUAUACUCAAGCCGUAAUGAGUGGUCAAGGUUUAGCUGGUAUUGCCGUGUCAGUUUCACAAAUUUUUAGUGCAGUUGCUGUUAAUCGAUCAUCAAAUAAGAUAGAUAAAUUACCAAAUGAUGACGAUUUAACACAAAGUAUUGAUAAUAAUUUGAAUAAUAGAUCUUUCAAAAAUACAUUUAACAAAAUUCAUAAGUUAAUUUUUUCAGUAACUUUUGUUUUUAGUGUGACAUUGAGCAUUUAUCCUUCUGUGACUGCAUUCAUUAAAUCUGUGACCCCUGAUGAUAAAAAAAACAUAUUUCUUCCAUUAUAUGAAACAUUGGUGAUAACUGAUCAAAAUAGAAUAACACUUUUAUCAAUUAUUCGUGUUAUUUUUUUACCAUUAAUAUUAAUAUGUAACGUAGAUGUUGGAUUAAGUAAUAUGAGAAUUUUACCAUUAUUGAUAGAUAGCGAUUUAGUAUAUUUUCUUAUUUUAUUUUUGUUUGCUAUUUCUAAUGGUUAUGUGGUAUCCUUGUCGAUGAUGGCUGGACCACAAGUGGAAGGUGUUGAAAAGGAAUUAGCAGGAACACUUUUAUCUUUCUUCUUGGUAGUUGGAUUAGUUGUUGGUUCAAUACUUUCUUUUCCAUUACGAGCUAUUAGUUGUGGUUGUAAUCCUUUGUAA